AAACCUCGCGAUAUUUGUAUGUCGUUGGCGGCUGAGGGCCCGUCCCUUCUGUACUGGAGAGCUGCUUCUGACAUUUGAAUGAAAAACAUCCUCCUAAAAGCGCAAAACAAUGGCUUCGGCUCUGGAGCAGUUCGUGAAUAAUGUGCGGCAACUCUCAGCUCAAGGUCAGAUGACUCAACUUUGUGAGCUGAUCAAUAAAAGCGGGGAGCUUCUGGCCAAGAAUCUCUCUCAUCUGGACACUGUUCUUGGAGCGUUGGACAUCCAAGAGCAUUCCCUCGGUGUUUUAGCUGUUUUGUUUGUGAAGUUUUCCAUGCCAAACAUCCCUGAUUUUGAGACCCUGUUUUCCCAAGUCCAACUCUUCAUCAGCACCUGCAACGGAGAGCACAUCCGAUACGCUACAGACACAUUUGCUGGUCUGUGCCACCAGUUGACAAACGCCCUUGUAGAAAGAAAACAGCCUUUGCGUGGUAUAAGUAUACUUAAACAGGCCAUAGACAAGAUGCAGAUGAACACAAACCAGCUUACCUCAGUGCAUGCAGACCUGUGUCAAUUAUGCCUAUUAGCGAAGUGCUUCAAACCUGCAGUCCCAUUCCUGGAGUUAGACAUGAUGGAUAUUUGCAAGGAGAACGGAGCGUAUGAUGCAAAGCACUUUCUAUGUUAUUACUACUAUGGAGGCAUGAUCUACACGGGUCUGAAGAACUUUGAACGGGCGCUGUAUUUUUUCGAACAGGCAAUAACCACUCCAGCAAUGGCAGUCAGUCACAUCAUGUUAGAAGCAUACAAGAAGUACAUCCUGGUGUCUCUCAUCCUUCACGGCAAAGUACAGCAGCUCCCCAAAUACACAUCACAGAUCGUGGGCCGAUUCAUCAAGCCCCUCAGUAACGCUUACCACGAGCUGGCUCAGGUCUACGCCACCAACAACCCCGCCGAGCUGCGCGCUCUGGUCAACAAACACAGCGAGACGUUUACACGAGACAACAACACCGGCCUGGUCAAACAAUGCCUGUCCUCGCUCUACAAGAAAAACAUUCAGAGGCUAACCAAGACGUUCUUGACAUUAUCCUUACAAGACAUGGCAAGUCGAGUUCAGCUCUCCGGUCCUCAAGAAGCCGAGAAAUACGUCCUACAUAUGAUCGAGGAUGGAGAGAUUUAUGCAAGUAUUAACCAGAAAGACGGCAUGGUCUGUUUCCAUGACAACCCAGAGAAAUACAACAACCCUGCGAUGCUCCACAAAAUCGACCAAGAGAUGCUGAAGUGUAUAGAAUUGGAUGAAAAACUAAAGUCCAUGGAUCAAGAAAUCACUGUAAACCCCCAGUUUGUGCAGAAGAGUAUGGGAAUGCAAGAGGAUGACGUCGGCAGCAAGACGUCGAGCUACUCUUGAGGCCGUCGGGCGGAUCGCUGCUUUGCCCACGUCCCCUUCCUCAUCCCAAAGCUGGAAAACCGUCAUGAGAGCAAAAUCAGUUUGAAUAUGGACUAUAUCGGAGGAAAACAUAAUUGUGUGGAAUGACCUUUUUUUUUUUUGUUCUGUCACAGCGCACCCUAAACAAGAACUUGUUUUUGUCAGUGUUUAUUUAUCAAUGCUUGGUUGACAUGCCACUGCAUCAUUUAUGGUCAUACAAAUAAAGAUACUGGACUCCUUUGUUCAAAAGAGUUGUGGACAUUGCAUUUGUAUACUUGUCUUUAUUGCAACACCACAAUGAUAACAAACCACCCUAAGAUCAUUUGAACGGGUAGACGCAUCGGCCGAAUAUUAUGCCGUCUGCAAAAUGUAUCUUCGGGCUUGUCGUCUCCAUUUAGUGCAUUGACAUUUACGUGAUCUUUCGACGGCUCAAAGACUGACAGCUUCUCUAAUUUCACACUCUUUCACCCAAAGACGGUUUCAACCUAACCGAAUGAUGCGUCGGUUGAUCUAAUGUUUCCUUCGCCCCGAAGCUGAACGUUGAGUGCCGUUCCUGCGGUGAUUCAGCAGAUGCGGCGACGUGGCUCGUGAUGAAGGCGUUGUGCUGUUAUUCCAGUCCUCUAGAGGUCUCUCAUGUUUUGGGCUUUGCCAUAAAUAGAUUACUCAUCAAAUACUUAGAAACUAUGGCUACUGGAGGCUGGAUUCCACAAAACUUGUUUAACCCCUGAAUUAAAAGAGAAUUAUGGGAAUAUGGUCUUGUAAUAUUAUUUAGAAACAGUUUAACUUUGGGGUGUAGCUACCAAAUUACAUGAUGAAUUUAAGGUUUGUCUUGUUAAAUUUAAAUUAAUUGUCUUGUAAUAUUUUUUCUAAGCAGUUAAUUU